AUGUCUUGGUUCCUCUGGCUCCUCACUCAGUGGCCCUCCUCAGCCCUCUCACUCCUGCUUCUCAGUGUAGUGGGGCUAGAAGUGGUUCAGGCGAUACUGUGCUCCAGGUGGGGUGUACCAAGGAACAAGAGCCUCUCCCAGGAUGGAGACGUGAUUAUCGGCGGACUGUUUAAUCUGUAUUACAUACCAUCAGCUGUAGAGCAGGGCUUCAUAGAGCUGCCACAUUACGAACCUUGCACAGGUUUAGAUUUAGAGCCGUUGAAAUAUACAUAUGCUAUGGUGUUUGCGGUGGAGGAAAUCAAUCGUAACAGCACCCUGCUACCAGGAGUGAAGCUGGGCUACCAUAUACUUGAUAGCUGUUCCCGAUACCCCUGGGCUCUGCAAGCAGGCGGUCAACCUGUUCCGUUGCUCAUUGCUGCUGCUUCAUCUACAACAGGCAUAAUGCUCUCCAGGAUCCUGGGGCCUCUCUCUGUGCCAUUUAUCAGUUAUUUGGCUAGUUGCCCCUGUCUUAGUGACAGGACAAAGUUUCCUAACUUCUUCAGAACAAUCCCCAGUGAUAUUUACCAAGCCCGGGCCAUGGCACAACUGGCCAUACGUUUCCACUGGACUUGGAUGGGAGCAGUGGUAGAAAACAAUGAUUAUGGUCAAUUGGCAAUACAGGUAUUUCAGGAAGAAAUUCAGGGAAAAGGGGUGUGUCUGGAAUUUGUAGAGACUCUCCAAAGGGAAAAUAUUGUGAGUGAUGCCAGACGAGCAGCACUAACAAUUCAAGCUUCGACUACGAGGGUGAUUCUGAUCUUUUGCUGGUACACUGAUGUAAAGAAAGUAUUUUUGGAACUGACCAAGAUAAAUGUGACUGACAGACAGUUUCUGGCCAGUGAGGCUUGGAGCACCAGUGAUGAUCUUCUCCAAGAUCUUACCAUCUCUGAAGUGGCAAAUGGUGUUCUUGGUGUGGCCAUUCGAAGUUCAACAAUACCUGGAUUUGAAAAUUAUCUCAGGCGUUUGCACCCAAUUAAUCGUCCUGAUGAUGAAUUCUUACGGGACCUCUGGAAAAAAGAGUUUGGAUGCACUACUCUACCACCCUGCAGUGGAACAGAGUCCCUGGAGGGAGUGCAGCAUCCUUUCACUGACACCUCUCAGCUAAGGGUGGCAUAUAAUGUCUAUCUUGCUGUUUAUGCUGCAGGCCAUGCACUUCACAGCCUUCUGUCCUGCCCCGACACAGACAGCCCUCCUGGAAACAACAGUUCCACAUGCUUCUCUCCAAAACACAUCCAACCCAUAGAGCUGUUGCAUCACUUGAACAAAGUGAACGUCACCACACCACAAGGGGAAAUGUUUUAUUUCCAAGGAGCCGACAUUCCAGCAAAGUACGACCUUGUCAACUGGCAAAAGACCCCUGAGGGGCCACUCAAACUUGUUUUGAUAGGUCGUGUAGAAGGGUUCAACCUCCAUCUUAAUGAGUCAGCUAUUCAGUGGAGCACAGGAUCCAAUCAGGUGCCUGUUUCAGUGUGCAGUGAGAGCUGCCCCCCAGGUACCCGAAAAGCAAACAGGAAAAGAGAACCUCUCUGCUGCUUUGACUGUAUCCCAUGUGCUGAUGGGGAGAUUAGCAAUAAAACUGGUUCCCUUCACUGUGAGCGUUGUCCUUCUGAUUUCUGGUCCAAUGUUGAAAAAACAGCUUGUGUACCACGUCAGCUGGACUUCCUUUCCUUCAAUGAAACUUUGGGCAUUACUCUGACUACAGCAGCUGUGUCUGGUGCCGCAGUGACAACAGCUGUGUUUGUGGUGUUUCUUUACUACCGGAAAACACCUAUGGUGAGAGCCAACAAUUCAGAGCUGAGCUUUCUGCUUCUCCUGUCACUGAAGCUCUGCUUCCUGUUUUUGGAGUAA